AUGAACGGAACAGGUGGUGUAGUUGUCAGGACACAAAACCCUGUAAGGGAUUAUAACCACAGUACUGACAAAGAGUAUCAAAGACUAAGAAAGCUAGCAGAUGAAGCGUACAAGAAAAGAGACCAACUAAGCCAUGAAUCGCAAACCGCUUAUCAACAAGGUGACAAGAAGCUAGCCCAUGAACUGAGUGAAAAGAGUAAAUCACAACUGAAAGUUGCGGAGGAUUAUAAUAUGCAAGCAGCGGAGUAUGUGUUUGUUGAGAAUAAUGCUGACUCUUCCAGCAAUGAGAUUGAUUUACAUGGGUUGUACGUUAAAGAAGCUCUGUUUAUUCUCCAGAAAAGAAUCAAGUUCGCCAUUGAUCACAAUGAAUCACAAUUAAACGUCAUUGUUGGGAAAGGAUUGCACUCUCAAAAUGGCAUAGCCAAGCUCAAACCAUCAAUUGAAGAGUUCUGUACUAAGCAUGGUAUCAGGAACCAUUUGGAAAAGAAAAAUUCAGGAGUUUUGGUGCUCGAGUUGCAAGGCGUGCAAAUGCCAAUGGAUGGUUCUAAAGUGAAUGUUCCUGUUAAUCAAUACAAUCCUCAGCAACAGCCUCAUUAUAAUGAUAAUGGUGGUCAGCCUCAGGGUCAAGUCAAUACUCAUAAUAGCAAUGAUAAUGACAACAAAGACAGUACUUUGACUAGUAUACUGAAAAUAUUUUGUAGCUGUAUACAGAGUUUGACUUAA